UUCCCUCCAGCAAAACAAGGCUUGGCAGCAGCACUGCCAGUUCUCCUAUUGUGCAUAUUGUUGUACUCCAGAGAUAAUCACGGUCAUGGUUAAUGUGUGUCCCAACCUGGAAGAUGAGCCAGAAGAGCCAGGAUUAAAAUGACACACCUUGGGCAGAUUAAGUCAUUGUAAGAAUUCACUAGAAAGCAAAUGUAAGGAGUAUCAUAUGGAUUUCACCUUGAGCAUCAGAACUGCUUUGAAUGUUAGCACAAAAAAAGCUAUUACCUCACACCUUCCAAAGCAAACUGUAGAAGUUGCUUCCUGUGAGCUUUUCUGGUCUGCCUGCAUUUCAAGUUGCAGAACUACAAUAAAUGUGUUUUUUUAAUGCUCCCUUCCUAAAAAGAUACUUUCUCUUUUUUCCUGCAAAGCUGGACAGCAGUACAGACUGUGCAUUAACGAGGAGGAUUACCCCCAGUUCAGCCAAGAUUUGUAAGUACCACAACUUCUCUGCAGUGUUGUUCUGAGCAGUCUAUGAUGUUCUUAAUCCAAAUCACAAGCAACUGACACCAGCAGUGAACUUAAGCUGCAUUUACGCUGCUGAACUCAAAAACACUGGCACUACUGACACACAUCCCGAGGCUGUAUGAGGUGGGAUCCAUGUGCCAGUCCCUGCCUUGCACAAACCCUACUGUCUGGGCAAGCAAAGCUGGCUAUAGCCUGCAUCUGUACUUGGUGCCAUUUCGUUGCUGUAACAGCAUUUGGGGGAGAAAUGUCCUGACCACAAGGCAUUUUGCUCACAAGCAUGUGUGGCCAUAGAUGCGUGUUGAGAAGACAGGUGGUGGAACAAUGCAUGGCUGAGAAGAAAGGUAGACUAAGAGCACUGUAAAGAGCAAGGGAUGAUAUUCAGUGACCCUACCAUGAGAAUGGCACUCAGCUCUAGCGUCCAUUUGUGCACUAGAGGCAGUUCUUGAAAGAAGAAACUGAAAAUCUGUUGCUGGCUGGUGUGGAUUAAACAGACAAGGAAGUGUAUAAGUGCUACCAGUCUGACUUUACAGCUAAUGGAGAGAACCAAGGAAUAUCUAAGGAUGAUUCACCACAUCCUAAGACAAGAUGUCUAAGGACAAAUGCUAUGAGGAGCAGUACUAUGAAAAAACCUGCACGGAGGUCCUGUAAAGGAAAGCUUGGCUAGUGGGGAGUUUCUGUCCAGAAUAGACUACAGCCACCACCUUCCACUGACAGAGCUGCACAAGGUGAUGGCCGCAUCGCUGCGGCCUGGAGGCCUUGGCAGGGCCGCGGCGUCUCGGAGGUCCGGCUAGAGUGGCUCCAUGGAAGGCAACGGCGCGGCGGAGGAGGAGGAGAGCGGGGCCGGCCACCACGCCCCGCCGCCGGCGCCGCCGCCCACCCCCGCCGCUCCCUGCGGCUUCAGCUCCUCCCUCUGCUUCAGCGCCGCUGCUGCCGAGCCGCAGCAGCCUGCCGACGGCGGGCGGGUGGUGGAGAGCCAGUGGGAGAUCAACAACAGCGGCGGCCAGCCUCAGGAGGAGGAUGAGGAGGCAGUGGGGCCGCGGGACCGGCCGGCAGAGGAGCCCGACCUGGUGAUAGAGGUGUCGGGGCGUCGCAUCCGGGCGCACAAGUCAGUGCUGGCAGCCAAGAGUGACUACUUUCGUGCCCGUGCCUCCCGGGAUGUGCUGCGAGUGAAGGGCGUGAGCUACGGGGCCCUGCGGCUUCUCAUCGACUACGUGUACACGGCCCGCAUGGGCGAGGUGCGGCACGACAACCUGGCCGAGGUGGUGAGCGGUGCCCGCGUCCUCCAGAUGCCUUGUGCCCUGCACUGCGCCGCCGAGGCCAUGCGCGCCCAGCUCCGCCUCGACAACUGCUACCAGCUUCUCUGCCUGGCCAAGAAGCAGCGGCUGGCGGAGCUGCGUGAGGCUGCCUACCGCUUCAUGAGUGACCACUACCUGGAGGUGCUGCGGGAGCCCAGCGUCUAUGGCCGCCUCAGUGGCACGGAGCGGGACCUCAUCCUGCAGCGACGCAUGGAAGCCGGCCGGCCCUGCUUGCUGGUGGCUGAAGUCAGCGAUGCCUUUGAGAGACCGGGUGGCGGCAGCCGGCCGCAGAGUCGUGAGAGCAGUCGGCCGCAGAGCCCCUCUUCUGUGGUCUCCCUGGAGGAGAGCAGCUCCCUCAUCCACUGCUACCAGGAGGGUAGCGGCGAGUGGAGGGUGCUGACGCGCCUACCCGAGGAGGCGAAUGCCAAGGGCUGCGCCAUGUGUGUCCUCCACAACUACCUCUUCCUAGCAGGGGGCAUCACGUCGGGUGGCGAGCCCCGGGCCCGCCUUUCUGACAAGGUCUUCUGCUACAACCCCCUCACUGACACCUGGAGCCAGGUGCGGCCGCUGGCUCAGGCCCGCUCGCAGCUUAAGCUUCUGGCCCUGGACGGUUACAUCUACGCUGUGGGGGGUGAAUGCCUCUUCACUGUGGAGAGGUACGACCCGCGGGCUGACCGGUGGAGCCCCGUGGCACCCUUGCCCAAGGGAGCCUUUGCUGUCGCUCACGAGGCCACCACUUGCAAUGGGGAGAUCUAUGUCUCCGGAGGCUCCCUCUUCUACCGCCUGCUCAAGUACGACCCUAAACGCGAUGAGUGGCAGGAGUGCCCUUACAACAGCAGCCGCCGGCGCUCUGCUGACAUGGUGGCCUUCAAGAGCUUCAUCUACCGCUUCGAUGUGAGCAGCAGCCGCGGUGGGGAGCAGGGCCCCGGUGGGGGGACUGGCGGCGGUGUUGAAGUUUUCCGGUACAACACGGUGGCCAAACGCUGGAGCCAGUGUGCCAGCCUGCGGCCCAGCAGUGGCCCCGUCCAGCCCUUUCGCUGUGCUCCCUUGGGCAACAUCAUCUACUGUGUCAACCGGACUGGCACCCUGCGCUUCAGCCUAGCCCAGGAUGGUGAGGUGGAAGCAGAUGGUGGGCUUAAGGGCACCUUUGACACAGAGCUUCUUAAACCACCCUUGGAUGUGAAGGGUGUCCUCUUACCUUUUGUACUCACCCUGCCUGAGAGGAUGGACAGAGCAGGGGACCAGGAGGGCUCACUCCCACUGUGAGUGGCCAGCCUGGCUCUGGCUUCCCAAGUGGGGAGCUGGAUUGCAGCUGUGGGGGACUCACAAACUUCCCCUGCAGAGAGGAGCUUCUCUCACAUGUCGUCAGAGAGAAGAGUUCCCCCCUUUUGUCUUUACUCCCAAGAUUUUGAGCUGGAGCCCACUCAGUUGUAACUUGGUUGUAGCUCUUUGCAUGUUUGCUGUGCUUCGUGUGAAAAGCCAAGCACACGAAUGGAAAAGCUGCUAUGAACAAUAAUCUCUGGAUUACAUUUGUGCCAAUUCCAAAUCUGAGAAAAAGGUUUUUACACCUGGAUUUUAACAAAAAUUCCUGACAACAGUGUCAUCCUGGGAUGUUACCACUAGUGCUGAUCGCAUGUGCACAUCUAGCUGCACUCUGGGCUGGAGCCUUUUCUGCCAUUUGUUUUUCUCUCGGGAGUGAUACUGAGGGACAAACGCUGCUGACAGUGUAGCUUAGCUGCAUUUGUUUUUGUUAAACCUACUGUUUCCUGUGUUAGAAAAGUAUAGGAACAAUGUCUCCAUCACAGCCUUUCAGUUCUGGUGCAAUAGAUGGUUUCAGGAAGGUGUGGCACUGUGUGGCCCCAGGAAUUUCAACCAUAAAUGACAUAACAGAUACCAGACUUGAAGUUUUGAGUAGUGCAAGUGUGUGCCACGUGUUUCUGUUUGGAAUACAAAAAGAAAAAGACACAUUGCUUUUUAAAAUGUGGCAUAUUACUGCAGAUGUGACCAGUUCUAUAUUGGAAAAAGGCAAUGGUUUCUGUAUAAAAAGGCGUCAUUUUAUUAUCUUUUUUUAAUCAGAGAUUUUAAGUUAUAACAAAAAUGAACUGAAGCUGUUCUGACUGCAAACGAUUGACAUGACCAUGUAUGCCACUAGAGUUGGGGGAGAUAUUUUGUACUUCAGCUGCUCUUUAAUUAGCUGCAGGUCAAGGAAGAUUAACCUAAACCAAAUGUAAAUCCUUUGAAACUGACUGCGGACAGCUUAAAUGUUUCACUUGAAUGUUCACUGUUCUGUGGCAGGAGGCUUUUCCAACUUAGUGCAAGAUGACCAUCACAGGAGAACAUGAAAAACAAGAAUGUGAUACAUAUGUCAGUUAUACUGUGCACUAGCAUGAUGUGCUAUUGAUUGAGAGACUGCUUUAUUUUGAUCUAACCAUUGCUGUAAUCCAUAAGUCCUUGUUAAUUGCAGUACAUGCUGCUGGCCUUCGCGGUCAGUGGGAUUUUGAACCACCCUCCCAGUAUGGUUUGUGGAGCAGCAUCCUAAUGAGACCGUAUAAAACUUCUUCCUGCCUGUGGAAAGCUAGAGCAUACUUUGUGUCAUGUUACUCAGAACUGGAGAAGUGUGAGCUGCCUACACAGACAGACUGCACUGGAAAGGGCACAUGCAUUUAUUUUAUACGUUUUGUAGAAGAAUCGGUAGGUAAGGCAAAUGUUUUAGCUUUGCAGUAAAUCACUGAGAAACCUGUUCUGGAAGGAAAAAAAGAGCAAGUGUUUUGGCUAUUGGGUUCUCAGCAUGAACUGGGUCAGGGGAUUGUUUAUACUCAAAGCUCUAGUGUAUAUUCAUAUUUUAGACAUAGGGACCUUACAACAAAGAAAACAGAUCUUUUUAUCUGUUAUUAAGAUGGUUCUGUUAAGCAGGACGUUAGCAUUCUUAUACAUUACUGCUAGUUCCAAAGGAUGGCAGCAGGGCCUGUCCUAGGAGACACUGUCUUCACAAAAAAAAAAAUAGUGAAGUUUAUAGAUGCUUCUUUCCUUCAUGUUCAUGGUUGGCUUUUUUUUUUCCUUCCUUUUCUCCAUCUGUCUUGCACAGGGUUAAUGCAGCUGAUGUGUAGAAAACAGUGGCCCAGUCCUAGAAGUUCUUAGCCAAGCAAGCCUCUUCACAAGUGAGCUAAUGGAAGCAUCAGCCUCGUAGGAGCUGUAGGCCUGCAGAGCGUGACCUGUAUCUUAGCCUUGGCACAGUUGGUGUGGUGAGAUUUAUUACCAUAGAUGGCAUAUUUAUUAGCAAAAUUUGACUUUUUUCAUUGAACAAUAGAAUUAAUUCUCAGACAAGAAUCCUUGGAAAUGUUGACUCUAAGUUAAAUGAAAACGUAGCUUGGACAGAAAAGGGAAGUUAUGUGUUUUCAUAAUUCUUUGUGUUAACUGCAGACAGUAUUUCAAGCUGUGUAGUGAAACACUUAGGCAUGUAUUUAAACUAGUGACGUGGGCACUAGGCAAGGUUUUAAAUCAGUAGAGUCACCAAGAACACCCAAGAAAAUGUCUGUUUUACCUUAUAACACAAUGUGACUCCAUAGUUCAAAGUAUUCUGUAACAUAGUUCCUGCACUGCAGCAUAGUGAGGACUCAAGUCUGCUUUUACAUUCUUAUUCAUUAGCAUUAAUUGAGCGGUUUUGUUCCUGCUAGUACAUAAAAAUGCUUCCAAAUGAGUUUUGGUAAGUCUCCAUGAUUUAAGCUGCCACACAGACUUUCAGGAAAGAUUGAAAUGUAUCCAUUCUUCCAAUAUUUGUUGCUGUACACCAUGAAGAUACACAUUUGGAAGUAAUCUUUACUAUAGUAAGCAUUCUGCAGACCUGCAGUGGUUUGUACUUUUGCUAGCUCCUGUCGUUAGAAAAGGUUGAAUCAAGUGCUUGCCUGUUUUCACUGUUUACACGGUGUAAAUGAAGGCAAUCUGGUCUUCAUUAGCAGCUGUCCAUCAGACCUGUUUCCUUUGUUCACUCUCUGCAUAAUCACAGCCUCAUGGCUGACAACAGAAGCAUGUUUCUAGCCAGAUUUAUUGCCCUGUGGCCUCCGUUUCCUCCCUGGUAAGACCUGAGGCAAGUUUACUGAGAGGUUUUUAUUUCCUCCUCAGUUAUAUUUUCUGCAUAUCCAAAAAAAAACCCACAAAAAAACCCACACCAAGCUUGGGUGCUGAAACCAGAAUUAAUGUAGACAUCGAGCAUUCAAAGACCAAAAUUGUCAUUCCAGAAUUCUUUAGUUUAACUUAAACUGAGCAGCCAUUGUCCCUUUGAAGUGUGGAGGUACUGAGCAGUUCCCCUCCACCCAUUCAGAACUGCUCACCUGAGCAGUUCCACACCUACCUUGCUAUUGCCACAGCUCCUUUGAGACAAGAUGGUGUGAUACCCAGAAGCCACUGGUGUGGUAGGGUUUUAUGGUACAAACUAAAGGGCCAGGCCGUGCUCAGAUCGUGUUUGCAUAUGUUUUGCUUCUGAAUCAGAGCUGUUUUAUCUAAUGGCCUGAAGGCUACUCAGUUUGCAUGAUAUCAUUAAGAUAUGUGUUCUCUUUCUUAACCUGCAAGGAUUCAAUCCAUGUCUCCCACCAUCUGGUUCACCAUGCAUUGAAAGACCUCUUGGAGCUAAUGCCUGAUCUCUGAAUAUUUAUGCCUUCAUUGACUAAAAAUUUCAACAAUUAUUGAAGUAGGUGAAGCACAGAAUCAUAAAGUGGUAGGAGUUGGAAGGGACCUCUGGAGAUCAUCUUGUCCAAUCUGCCUGCUAAAGCAGGUUCAUCUGGAUCAGGUUGCACAGGAACCUGUCGGGGUGGGUUUUGAAUAUCUCCAGAGAGGGAGACUCCACAGAGAGUUUCUGGGCAGCCUGUGCCAGUGCUCCAGUACCCUCAAAGUCAAGAAGUUUCCCCUCAUGCUCAGAUGAAACUUCCCCUGUGUUCCAGUUUAUGCACGUUUUCCCCUUGUGCUGCCACUGGGCACAACUGAAAACAGACUGACCCCCUAUUCCUGACACCCACCCUUUAGAUACUGAUACACAAUGAUAACAUCCCCUCUCAGUCUUCUCCAGGCUAAACAGCCUGAGCUCUCCCAGCCUUUAGUCAUCAGAGAGAUGCUCCAGAUGUCAUCUUUCUACCUUUUGCUGGAUGCUUUCCAGUAGUUCCCUGUCUCAGUUGAACUGGGGAGCCCAGAACUAGAUGUGGUACUAAAGAUGUGACCUCACCACAGCAGAUUGGAUGGGGUGGAGAACCUUCCUUGAUCUGCUGGCCACACUGUUAAUCUAUCACAGGAUGGCAUUGGCCUUGAUCUUAAAAGGAGCAUUGCCAGUUCAUGGUUAACUUAUCCACCAUGAUCCCAAGUCCUUUUUCAUAUUGCUGCUUUCCAGAAGGUCAGCUCCCUAACUCGUACUGGUUCAUGGGGUUAUUUCUCCCUAAAUGCAGGACUCUACACUUGCCCCUCUUGAACUUCAUAAGGUUCCUCUCUGCCCUCCAGCCUUUCUAGGUCUUGCUGAACAGGAGCAUGGCCUUCUGGUGUGUCAGCUGCUCCUCCUAGUUCUGUAUUAGCAGUUUCAAACCCUCAUCCUUACUGAGAGAUCUAGGACUAGCUGUAGAGAUGUAGUCAGCUCUGUUGUUUAACUUUUCCACGAGUCUCGGUCCCCUUUAAUUUUUAAUUGCAGGUGCAGGAGGUAAUUUCUCUACUUGCCCCUCCCUAGACUACUCCCAGUUUCAAGAGUCUCUGCUAGAGGAGGUAGGCUGAAUUCCCUUAAGCUGAGUAAGGACUGAACUCAUGCCUCCCACUUUGUGCAUGUGUGUUUUCAAAUCUGGACGGCUGUUUAGCAGAAGAGUAUUGGCACUGCCUGCUAUGGCUCUUUGUCAGGGAUAAAUGUCAUGCAGAUCCUCCAAAAGCACACAAAGGCUCCUGCACACUGAGUUAUGGUUAGAUUCCAGGCUCCAGCUCCUGGGUGUGUCAUUCAGGGCACAUUUAGUACAUGUUGUGAUUGGGCAAGUGUUCUUUUGUAGAAAGCUUUUCCAGACAGACUCUGGAUUUGGGUGGCCAGUCUGAGGUGAGGGACUCCAUAUACGCUAUUGGAAUUCUUCUCAGGGGUGAUGCCUUAGUAAGGAGGCAUUGCAGUGCCUAACAUGGAAAUGCCUAAAGCCUUCAUUGCACCAAACGCUUCAAUAAAGUGUUUGCUUCUUAGCAAAUGCUGAAAACAGAUGGAACUUGACUAUCCCCAUCUAUUAACUGGUAAAAAGAAAUGUAAACUGCAGCAAAGGCAUGUGUACAAAUUCUGUUUGCCCUUGGAAACUAAGUCAAAGGAACGAUUGGCAAAAGAAUAACCCUUUUUGAUCAAAAAUAGGCACUCUUUAGCAACAUGGGGAGGAUGUCAGUCGUACCCUGUUAAUGAAUUCAACUGUGCAGUAGCUGAUGAAAUCCUGUCCACGUAAAAAUUUAUUUGUAAAUAACUGUGGUGAAAUUUAAAGUGAUGAAAGAAUAAAUUAUUCACAUGAAA